UAAUCGCCGCCAACAGCUUCAACGCCAGCGACUACUACACCAAAACGCAAUCUGACAGCAGGUACUUUGUGUCCAACGCCAACGCCGGCAACAUCUCGUUGAUUCGGGACGCGGUCACUCCUCCCACCCUCAGGGUCCUGAUCCCAAGGUCGCCUUUGAACAUCAACGUCAUCCUCAGCGGCACUGCGUUGGAGCUGACCUGCGAUGCCUACACCAGAUCGGAGGCAGAUGGCCGUUACGUGCGGACUGGUGACUUGAGCAGCCUGGAUAGUCGAUACUUCCCGGUCAACGGCAACAACGGCGGCGGCGGCAUCUUCCCCAUGCUGAUCACCACGCUGACGCCUCGAAUGAUUCGUGCCAUCCUGCCCAGACCGCCUCUGAGCGGCGCCUUCAUCUUGGGCAACGCAGCCACGCUGGAACUGAACUGCGAUUGCUACAGCAAGUCCGAGAGCGACUCGAGGUACUACACCAAAGGUCAAUCCGACGCUGCCUUUGCGCCUCUCGCAGAUGCACAGAACAACGCCAGCGACAUCACGGCUCUGGACGCGCGCGUCACAGCUCUUGAAGGCAGCACGAGCCUCACUGCUUCGAGCUUCGUGAGCACGCCGGAAGUCAGAGCGCCUGCAGACUGGCUGAGCUUGCGCAGCGGCACGGCCGGGACCAGAAUUCGGGAUUCCACAGGAACCACUGACUGGAUGACAGUGACCUCCUCCGAGGCCUUCUUCGGCGUCCGCGCGAGAGUGGACCACAGAAUAACCAUCGACACGCCUUCAGGACCGGACGAGGGGCUGCACACUGCGGCCGUUCGAGCGAGAACGGGCGAUCCCUACCUCACGCUCACAGGAGGCACCAGCGGCGUCGAGGUGGACGGGCCUCUGACCUGCAACGGCCUCGUCGAGGGCGCAUCCGCCGUCUUCCCCACCAGCGUGGCAACAGCAGAUCUGAUGCCCUCGCCGAGCACGAACCCCUUCAUGCGGAUCAUAGGGGGCACAACGGGCACGAGGAUCUACGAUCAGAGCCUGAACGCGCUCCUUAGCGUGGAGGACGAUGAGACACAGAGCACCAGCAGACUCAUCUCCGUCACUCGAGCAGCCACUGGCAACACCGUAGGGGCCGUGCUGAAGAACACCGCUGGCACUGGCUGGGCUCGCUUGCAGCUAGACGCCAACGGCUCCACGGGCUUUGCGCAGCUCGAAGUGGGAAGCACCGGUGACUGCAUGCUCUACGCCCCCAACCAGGCCAUUCGGUUGCACACCGUGACUUCUGGGAGCGCAAACCUCGUGAUCGAGCCAAACACAGGAGGUUCUAACAAUGGCGAAGUCAUAGCCAACUACGGCUUCCAGAACCUGUCCGACUACAGAGUGAAAACGGACAUCGAGGAGGCUGACGCCGACGAACUUGCUGAGUGCUUCGAGGCACUCCAGCCGAAGUGGUACAAGCGCAUCGAGGCACCGGGCAAGCAGAAGCUCGGCUUCAUCGCGCAGGAAGUGCAGGCAGCUGGCAAGGUCGGCGAAGCUCUCUGCGGCAGCAUGACCGAUGGAGACCAGGAGUUCGUCACACUGGACUACAGCAGGCUGUGUUGCGUCCUGUGGGGUGCCGUGAAGUGCCCAAGGCAGAUUGGUCCAAAUCCUGGUGAGCUUGCGGUAAGGAUAUCCAUAGGGUCCGCAGGACGAGCCGGUCCCCUUCCUCCAACCUUCUGGGCCUACGAGUCAAGAACAGAUGUCAGCCAAGAUUGUGGGGUUGGCCUCGGGAUCGAUGUCAAGCGAAGUGACUUCCCAACCCAGCUCCUCGAAGAUCGACCGCCGAACUUGGUGGAGCCUUGCGUAGCAGCAAUGGAUCUCCGACUUGGCGACGUGGACACCAACCAGAAGGGCGGCAAAUUUCUGCCUGCUGAGCCUCUGUGCUGGAACAUGACCCAAUGGGCCGAAAUCCUCUAUGAGCUGGGUUUGGCAAAGGUCGUGGAUCGCUUGGAGAAGCAGGCUUCAGCCCAAAUCGCUGCCAAGAAGCUGGAUUCGAAGUUGCAGACCUGCAUCAAGCAGACGCGCAACGAGAGGCGCCGCAAGGCACUGGUUGCGAUCGAUGUGCGGCAGCUGUGGAUCAUGGGGCAGAUGUGCGGCCUUCUGCUGGAG